AUGGUUAGCAGUGGCUACGGCACUAACUCACCCUCAAACCAAGGCUUCAGCAGGCAGACUAAAAACCAACACCAGGGUUCUCAACCUGUCGAUUACUCUAGCUCUUCUUAUCAUUCCCAAUUCGCUCAUCAGAUGCCUCCUUCUCUAGCGCCUCCGUCUUCUCAGACAGUCCCCCAGUCAAUUCCGUCGCCAAUGGCAUAUUCUCCAAUUCCUGUGGAGUCACCGACGACUCCGGGGUUUCGCUCGCAUCACCACCAUGGCUCCUCUUCUGUCACAAGUAGCCCCAUGGCUGCUGGUGGGCCAUAUUCACCCCAGUACAACCCUCCUCAAGCGUACACAGGGGUUUCUUUGGGUAGCGUCAAUGCCAACUUGGCUCACAGCAACUUGUAUAACCUACCUCCAUAUGUACUUCCACCUCCUCAAGAUCACAACAAUACUGCAACUCGCCAAGGCAAUUACCCCCACAUGGGGAGCCAUGUAGGCAGCGUUGGUCGCCACUAUAACGGGACCGGGUCUACUCCCACCGGAUCCUUGAAACAAUCGAGUUACGGAUCCACGUCUUCUCUCAUGUCGUUUGAAAUGGCAAGUAGCGGUGGGCGUGGAUCGGCCUCUAAGCCUCAACAACAAUCGCCGACCAGCGAGGGCCCAAAUCGACUUCAUUUUAAUCCACACGUAAGCCCUAUUCUGCAAGGUGGCCGGUCUCUAUCCUAUAGUUCGGGCAUGGGCUCCAGCAAUAGCAGUAGCACAACCACGUCAUCACCACCCAUACCUUCCCACGCAAGCAAUUUGGCUGCCACCCAUCGGGGUUCAGGGUAUCCCACUGAAGCUUUCCAGCAAGGUGAAGCAUUGCUAUAUAACCCGUGGACAUCGCCCCCUAAUAAUAGAGCGGUAGUGUUGGAUGGUGGGCCAAAGUCUAAUUUUAUGUCCUCAGCAAACUCUAAUUUGGCUAAUUCAACAACCACCACCGCUUCUUCUCCUUCUAUCGCACCACAAAGCUCUCUUUCUCUUUCCUCUUCUGCUCACCAGCAGAUUCCGCAAUUUUCUCCAUCUUCAACUUCGAUGACGGCCUCUUCCAAUACAUUAACAAACAGUACUGUAUCUCCUCGCCAAUCGAUGUCGACCCAGCAAUCUGCCCUCUUGGCUACUUCGCAUCAUAGACUUUCCUCUGGAAGUACCAAUGAGCAGGACUUUAGAACCAGCCAUCCAAGUGCAACUCCUGGGGGUUCCGCAACAUCUCCUACAUCUCCUAUAAGACAGCAGGCCUUUCAAAAAUCAGUCCAGCAGCAGCAGCAGCAGCAGCAGCAACAACAACAACAGCAGCAGCAACAGCAACAUCUAAUACAACCUCCAGUUCAGCAACAGCAGCAACAGCAGCAACAGCAGCAACAGCAGCAACAGCAGCAACAGCAGCAACAGCAGCAGCAGCAACAGCAGCAACAGCAGCAACAACAGCAGCAACAGCAACAACAGCAUCAACAACAGCAUCAACAGCAGCAACAACAGCAGCAACAACAGCAGCAACAACAGCAACAGCAGCAACAACCACCACAACCACAACAUCUUUUACAAACUCCCAGCUCCAAUGUCCGCCCGCAUUCGUACCAUACUCACCAACAAUCUGCUUCCAUCAAUGUACCCAGUUCUUCAGACUUUUCUGGAACGACACACCCACACCCGUACUACGCCCAGCAUCCUUCUUACAUAGCUGCUGUUCCCAUCAAUCCCAGCUUCCACCGCGUAAGGUCUCGCUCUGAGCUUGCACCUUUGAUUCACGAACAACCGCGGUACCGCCGCGCGCUUCCCGAAGGCGGUACACUGAGUCCUCUUGCAGCGCUUACGAAGCAGCUGUCGACGACUUAUCACAUUUGCAAUCCUGAGUUCAACUAUCAGUCAUCUAAGAAUCCUCGGCGAGUGCUUACGAAACCUUCGGAAGGCAAACAUAAUAAUGGAGCCGACAACGUUGACAGCGACUACAUUCUCUACGUCAAUGAUAUUUUGGGAGUUUCUGAGCAGCGGCGGUUUCUUGUUCUUGACAUUUUAGGGCACGGCACGUUUGGGCAAGUUGCCAAGUGCCAAAACAUGAUUAACAAGGAAAUUGUGGCCGUUAAAGUGAUUAAAAAUAAGCCUGCUUACCUAAAGCAAAGUUUGAUGGAGGUUUCGAUUCUGGACCACUUGAACAACCAGGUUGACAGGAACGAUGAGCAUAAUUUGCUUCGUCUCAAGGACCGAUUCAUGCACAAGGGCCACUUGUGUUUAGUGUUUGAGCUUUUGAGCAGCAAUUUAUAUGAGCUCAUUAAGCGGAACCAAUUUCGCGGGCUCAGCACAAACCUUGUGCGGGUAUUUGCACAGCAGCUACUUGACUCUCUCAAGGUUCUUAAGGACGCGAAAAUUAUCCAUUGCGACUUGAAACCGGAAAACAUUUUGCUCAAGUCAAUUGACUCGCCAGUGAUUAAGGUGAUUGAUUUUGGAUCUGCAUGCCAUGAGCUGCAGACGGUAUACACUUAUAUCCAAUCGCGAUUUUAUCGGUCGCCGGAAGUGUUGCUGGGCCUACCAUACACAACUUCUAUUGACAUGUGGUCACUAGGAUGCAUUGUUGCGGAGCUGUUUUUGGGUCUACCUAUCUUUCCAGGCACGUCGGAGUACAAUCAAUUGUCGCGAAUUAUCGACACGCUUGGAGGCCCACCGAACUGGAUGGUGGAGAUGGGCAAGACGUCGUCACAGUUUAUGGAAAAGUAUGUUGACGAGUAUGGGCAGCGGCACUAUAUGCUAAAGUCUCGGGAGAAGUACUCGCAGGAGUACAAGACCAAAGAGGAGCCGAGCAAGCAGUAUUUCCCGUCGACUAAGCUGGACGAGAUUAUCAUGAAGUAUCCUCUGCCGAAGAACAAUAUGAAGCAAGCGGAUAUUGAUAGAGAGAUGCAAAGCCGGGCAUCCUUUUUGGACUUUGUCAAGGGGUUGCUCAAUAUGAAUCCGUUUGAGCGGUGGACGCCUCACCAGGCCGCAAUGCAUCCGUUUAUCACGGAAAGCAAGUUCACUGCGCCGUUUGUACCGAACUCGCGGUCUGGCGGAAGUAAGGUACGAGGAACGGGGUACUCUCAGAACCCGAGUGCCGGAGCUACUGCAUUGCAAUAUGCUCAAAAUGUUCAAAAUGCUCAUCAUGCUCAACAGCCAGCGCAACAGGCUCAACAGGCUCAACAAGCUCAUCAAGCUCAGCAGCAGCCGCAACAACCGAUGCAGGUCAUGUAUUAUAGGCCUUCAGGGGCAACAGGGAAUGAAAACAUGACUGGAGCUGGGCAAGCCGCUGGGUCUGGGACGUAUGGACAGCAGACCAAUAUUUAUGGCUCACAGAUGGAUCAGCAGGUGAAGUUAAAGUUGCAGCAGCAGCAACAGAUGGAGAAACUACAACAACGGCAACAGCUUGGUUCAGGUAGUAACAAUAACAACAAUAAUAACAAUAAUAACAAUAGCCGAAGCACUAGCAGUGGUGGUAACAGCACGCACUGGUCUGCCCGGCGUCCACGGGCAACUACAAUUGGUAACAUGGAUCCGAUUCCACCGCCGAUCCAGCGGGCAACUGCGCUGAUGAAUCCUGCACAGCCAAUCCGUGCCCAGCCUAGCCCUGCAUACAUUCCACCACCGGAACUGAGCGAGGGUGCUAACAGUGGAGAGGCAACAGUAGGAGGUGCACGUACGCGAGGGAAUGCGGGGCACUCGAAACUGAACCAGAGUACGACUGCAUCUGCGGGAGGAGGAACAAGCUACGGAGAAGCAGGGGUUGGGUCCGGGGCCACGGGGUCAGGAGGAAGCAACAAUAAGGAUGGAGAUGUUGUUCGUAACCUUGAGAAUGGGCUCAUGUCGUAUUGGUCUUAG